GAACUCCAGAAGCAAACUGAUCAUCCAGUCAUCACCACAAUCUGCAGGACUAAACCAGAACCAUUUAUUAACCAUGAGGAGCAAGACCAAACCAAAACCACAGAACUGUAAGAAAAAAACAUCUCCCUUUCUCUAUCUUUUUGGACGCAUGCAACGAAUGUGAUCAGUUUGUCCUUUCCCUUGACAGCCAAAAGGAAAAACUUUCCAAGGUGAGCAAAAACCCAUCCGUUUAAACCACCAACAAGUCACGACACGUCAGCACAAUUCUAUCAUCCAGGUGGCGGGACGAGAUUGGCCGGGGCACAACAGCCUCAAACGUGACAUCCCUCCUCCUCCCAUGAUGAACAUGUAUCGACAAGAGUGCAAAUAUAAAUAGGGGAUGGGAGAGAGAGGAAUGGGGAGAUUAGUAGAGUAUAUGCUUGUGUGAGGCUUAAAAGGCUUUACAGCAAGAUAAGAUUUCUCCGUGUAUAUAGAGAGACUGUUACCGAACGUCGGUCUCCUACCAUUCUUAAAGUCUCAGCCUUUCAUCAAAGCAGAGAAACAGAAAGAAAAUGGCGUCUACUUCACUGUUGAAGUCAUCCCCUGUUAUCGACAAGUCUGAAUGGGUGAAGGGUCAGAGCAUCCGCCAGCCCUCUGUCUCCAUCCUCCGCUGCAACUCCUCCACCGCCGCCGCUGCUGCGCCUUCUGCUCUUUCCAUCCGGGCCAGCUCCUAUGCUGACGAGCUUAUCAAGACUGCGAAAACUGUGGCGUCACCAGGGCGGGGGAUUCUGGCGAUGGACGAGUCGAACGCGACCUGUGGGAAGCGUUUGGCGUCGAUUGGGCUGGAGAACACUGAGGCCAACCGCCAGGCAUACAGAACCCUUCUGGUCUCUGUACCUGGGCUGGGGAACUACAUCUCCGGCGCCAUUCUCUUUGAGGAAACUCUCUACCAGUCCACCGUCGAUGGCAAGAAGAUCGUCGAUGUCCUCAAGGAGCAAGGCAUCGUCCCUGGUAUCAAAGUCGACAAGGGUUUGGUGCCACUUGCUGGUUCCAACGAUGAGUCGUGGUGCCAAGGGCUUGACGGGCUUGCUUCCCGCUCUGCUGCUUACUACGAACAGGGCGCUCGCUUUGCUAAAUGGCGUACUGUUGUGAGCAUUCCCAAUGGGCCAUCUGCCUUGGCAGUGAAGGAAGCCGCAUGGGGCCUUGCCCGCUAUGCCGCCAUCUCUCAGGACAAUGGGCUGGUCCCAAUUGUGGAGCCAGAGAUAUUGCUGGACGGUGAGCAUGGUAUCGACAGGACCUUCGAAGUGGCGCAAAAGGUUUGGGCCGAAGUCUUCUUCUACAUGGCCGAGAACAAUGUGAUGUUCGAGGGUAUCCUCUUGAAGCCCAGCAUGGUUACCCCUGGCGCUGAGUGCAAAGAGAGGGCAACCCCUCAACAGGUUGCUGAGUACACUCUCAGCCUCCUCAAGAGAAGAAUCCCCCCUUCUGUCCCUGGAAUCAUGUUCUUGUCCGGCGGGCAAUCGGAGGUUGAAGCAACACUGAACCUGAACGCCAUGAACCAGGCUCCCAACCCGUGGCACGUGUCGUUCUCCUACGCCAGAGCCCUUCAAAACACCUGCCUGAAGACAUGGGGAGGCGCCCCCGAGAACGUGGAGGCUGCGCAGCAGGCGCUGCUGAUCCGGGCCAAGGCCAACUCCUUGGCUCAGCUCGGCAAGUACACCGGGGAAGGAGAGUCCGACGAGGCCAAGGAAGGAAUGUUCGUCAAGGGCUAUGUGUACUAAGAAGUUCCCCAUUCUGGCCAUGCAUUAGGUUGCUGAAAGAAAGGGACUAAUACCUAGAACUCCUUUCUUUUUUACUCUUAUGUGCUGUAAAAGGCUUUGCCUCUAUAAGUUUGCUGUUGUUGCCCUUAUGGAUUGGAGACUAUUUUUGUUCCUUUUUAUCCUGUCACUCUUUUAAUGUAUGUACUUUCUUUUUGAGCCCUACUCCCAAACUCUAAACCCAUUUCAAUGAUGCAAUGAGAUUAAUUAAUUUCAAGUUGUUUUUGUGAGAUUUUCUCUAGAUAGUUUCGUAUUUUUGCGCAGAUAACUCUUAAACAAGCUUAGUUUGGAGUUCUUGCACUUAUUAGUAUACAAAAAUGAGAUGUUUGGACAUUAUACUAUUUCAUUAUACACUAUCGAGCUUAAGAAUUGUAAAAACCUCAAACUCAGAUUAUAAUAAAAACGAUAAAUACUUUCACGAGAG